CCAGGAGGGGUCUUUGUUGGUCCCCUCCUAGAUUCCGUGCCCGACUUCUUGGGUCCGAACUCGAAGCCCCUCGACGACCCGAAGUUAAAGGGAAUCCCCCUUUGUGAUUUUGUGGCCCGUCACAGCCUGGUGACUUCUCUUGCUGCCGUGAAGCUCCGAGCUCAGUACAAAGAUUUUGAGGAGCAUCUUCAGUCGGUGAGCAUGUCCCGUCAGGCCGAAAUAGUGAAGCUUGAGGACGAGAAGGACGCCCGAAAGGCCGAAAUAACGAAGCUCUCGGGCGAGAAGAAAGAUCUCCAGGUCGAGCUCAUUGCCACUCAAAAGGAGGUGGAGGGUUGCUUGACGCGUCUGAGGAUGGAGGUCCAGAAGAAUAAAGAUCUCGACGAGGAGCUUCGCAGGUCGAAGAACAUGUGGGAGCAAGCCAACUCCGGGCUCAUCGGCGAGCUAAAUAGAGCGAAGGCGGAGUUGAGCAGGGCUGAGGAGCGACUCAAAUCAACCAAGGCGGAGCUUAGGGCGGCAAAGGAGGAGCGGACACGGGCGGAUGAUCGUGCUGUCCGAUGCGAGGAGUUUGCCAAGAUGACCAUUGACGACAUAAGGGCGGAGGUCGGAGAGCGGAUGGACGCUGCGCGUAGGGAGACCAGAUCCGACACCUGCUCGGCAUUUCUGUACACCCUUUGGGUGAACCAUCCUGAGAUGAAUUUCUCCUUCUUUGGUGCAGGCUGUCGAGGAGGUGGCUCGGUAUGCUGCCGAGGCCGCGAAAGACGCUGACGAUGCCAGUCCCCUUGACUCGUUUUUGGUCGCAACGCAAGCUCCUCAGGUCGAGGCCGAGCUAUUCGG